AUGGGGGUCCCCUCUCCUUCCUCUUUGGCUGCUCCGGGGCCCCGGGGCCCCGGCCUUUCUGCUGCUGCUCCUGCUGCAGCAUACUGUCCCCCUAAGUCUCCCCACCUCGCAGCAGCAGCAGCUCCUCCGCAUGACCCGCAGCAGCAAACUCACCAACAAGCAAAGGCUGCCAUGCAGCCGCAGCCGCACCUGGCCCAACCAAUGCAGGGGCAGCAGCAGCAGCAGAUGGUCCAGCAGCAGCAGCAGUUCCUUCAGCAGCAGCAGAUGCUGCAGCAGCAGCAACGCCAGAUGAUGCAGCAGCAGCCACAGGCGCCUUAUCUACAGAAACAGCCGCAUGCACCGGCGCCAACCCAGCCGCCUCCGCCGCAGCAGCAGCAGCAGCAAGUGCUGCAGCAGCAGCCAAUAGGACAGAUGCCCGUGGGCCUUAACCCUAUGUAG